AUGGGAAAAGCUCCACCACCCCCAAGGAAAACUCGAGCAGAAUUAAUGAAAGAUGUUGAUUAUUCUUAUUAUGGAAGAAGAGAUGAUGAUGAUGGUAUUCUCAUACCAUUGGAAUAUGAAGAAGAAAAGAAAGCAAUUGCUGAAGCUGUUGAAGAAUGGAAAAAACAAAAAAAGAACAAAUUAGAAAAUGAUGUUAAUGUUGAAAAACAGUUAGAAGAUAUUUAUAUAGUGGAACCAGAAGCAAUGAGUGAUGAAGAUGAUGACCAGUCUCUAAGUGAAAUUGAAUCUCAGUCUCGUUUCAUUGCUCAUGUUCCUAUCCCAUCACAGAAAGAGAUUGAGGCAGCACUUGUUUUAAGGAAAAAGACAGAAUUGCUCCAGAAAUAUACUAGUGAAACAUUACAAGAAGAAGCUGAAGAAGUGAAACAGUUACUUGGUAUUUGAUAGAUAUAUUAGCAUACAAAACAUUA